CCCAAUCCACUAAAACUGAAAGCACGCGGCACCGCGGUCAUCGUCGUUCCCAUCGUCCCGUUCUGCGACGACGUAUCGGCCAACAAAAGCAAGCGAUAUGGGCCGCACGAAUCUUGGUAUUUUCAGCUCGCAGGAUGGCCAUUUCAACAGCAGCAAGAGACCUUCAAUAUCCAAUUCAUCUGUACCUCAAACACUAUGAACGGUCUGACCGGAGUAGACAUGGGCGAUGCAUUGGCAGACGAACUGACCCGUCUUGCUGAUGGGGUAUUAGCAUGGGACUCAAGCCGGCAUGAGGAGGUUCUUGUCAUCGCUCCCGUGUUGGCUAUUGUCGGCGAC